AUGGUCUCCACUCGACGGAGCACUGCAAACGCAAACCGUAUAGUUGCUAGUACUAAUAAGCCCAAAGUCACUGAACAGGCUAGCGAUACCAUCCAUGUUCAAGAACCUUGUAGAAAAAAGGCCAAAACCGCAGUCGAGAUCCCGAAAUCACCCAGCAUUCCACCUUCACCGGUGCUCUCCGGAAAUGUCAGUGAUGAUAUCAAUCUCACUUCACCGAUCACCGAUCACACGUCGACAGUUGCGACCACGAAAAGGUCCAAAGCAAAGAAUCUCUCACCCAACAUUCCUAAUCGAACCCUCUCUUCUGCUUUGCGAAGACUAGCUCCGAAGCCUUUUGCCAGCAUGAGCGGUAGUUGUCAUGACCCGAUUGUUGUCAACGAGGGCUCGUCACCUCCUCGUCCAAUAAUACUUGAACCGAAACGGAAGAAUCGAGGUGAACAACCAUCGGAGCCUCACAGGUCCAUAGAGAACAGGCGAAAGGAUUCAUACAGCUACGGUGCUCAGGGGCCGAGAUUGACGAAUAUGCCUUUUAACGAAAGCACGCGAAACAACCACCAAAGUCACGACAUCUACCGAAUGAUGAAUUCAAGAGCGGUUGCUGCGUCACACCUUACUCCUUAUUCGUUUCCGGUACAUGGCCCAUUUGGCGUUCCUUUCCCGACACAACAGUCUGUUCCAAUGCAGACAUUCGCAUAUCAACAGAUCCGACCCAGCUUUCCAGUAUCCUACGCUCCAUACCAUCAGUUUCGACCUCCGAUGAUCCCGAACCUCAUAGUUCCUCCUCAGAACGAAGAAGCCCUCCGCAGAAAAGUCGUCGAACAUGUGCAAGAUUUUCCUAGAACAAGUGUCCAGUCAAAUGUCAACAUCCACCGUCUAAUCGAACACACAUUGCUCCUCACAUCUCUUCUCCAAAUAUACCAGUAUUCUAAAAAUCAGCAAGAUCUGCGCGAAGACAUACGGACAAUGUUGGCACUACAAAACCAUCAUAUGACGGCAUGGCUGGGCCCCGAGUCUCCCAACAUGUCUAGGCAGAAGGAAAGCAGCAGUGGCAACAACUAUGUCAACACACAGCCAAAACCUUUGUCGAGCGACACUUUGAACGAGGCGGAUAGAGAAGUGAGACGGGCUUUCUCUGCGAGUGCAAAAAUGUGGCAAGACGGCACUGGGAAUGGCGUCGCUGACGUUUUUGGCACUCGAUCCACCUCUCCCCUAUUGUGA